AUGAUCAACGAGAACAAGGCGCUCCUGCGGCAGCUGUUCGAAGAUGUUGCCCUUGACCGACAAGGAGAGUUGGAAUUCCGAUGUCGUCUCGUGCACGGCGCCAUGGUUGAAAUCCCCAUCACGCUGGAUGCCACGUUCAACGAGGUGGAGAGCCGCUCGAACAAGUUUCUGCGUGGCCGAAAGCGUGUCGUGCCCGGCCGCAUCUCGGCCAAGAGCUGGUCAAGGUCAAAAUCCCGUCGGGGCGAGAACCCUGACGAGCUCUUUAGUGGCCUUGGCGACAGAGCGGCGACAGAGCGGACGGCGCGCUGUGCGGGGAGUUGCUCCCUCGCCAACGACCUGAUGGAGGAGCAACAGCAUGCGUUGCGCGCCGUCGUCCUUGUUGCCACGGGCUUGGUCUUUGCUCGCCUCGUCGGGUGCCGAUCCGAGGUGGAAACCUGCUUCGUCAACUGGUUUCUGGUAGCGGACAUGCUCGGCCUUGGCCGGUGA